AUGAUUGCAGCUCAGUUACUAGCCUACUACUUCACUGAACUCAAGGAUGACCACAUUAAAAAGAUUGACAAGUACUUGUACGCAAUGCGAUUCUCUGAUGAGACGCUUUUGGACAUCAUGAAGCGCUUCCGCAUGGAGCUGGUCAAGGGAUUAAGCCGUGAUACCUACACUACCUCAUCCUUAAAAAUGCUGCCGACGUUUGUGCGCUCCAUUCCCGACGGUUCCGAGAAAGGAGACUUCAUCGCAUUGGAUUUGGGAGGAAGUGCCUUCAGGAUCCUUCGCGUCAAAGUCAGUCACGAGAAGAAGCAGACCGUUCAGAUGGAGAGUGAAACAUACGACACGCCGGAGGACAUAAUGCAUGGGAGUGGAACAAAAUUAUUUGACCAUGUUGCAGAGUGUCUGGGUGACUUCAUGGAAAAACAGAAAAUUAAGGACAAGAAACUGCCAGUUGGCUUUACCUUCUCCUUCCCUUGCCGACAAACCAAACUUGACGAGGGUACUCUGAUAACGUGGACUAAGCGCUUCAAGGCGAGUGGAGUGGAGGGCAUGGAUGUCGUCCAGCUGCUCAACAAAGCCAUCAAACAACGAGGAGACUAUGCAGCUGAUAUCAUGGCUGUGGUGAACGAUACUGUUGGAACUAUGAUGACUUGCGGCUUUGACGACCAACGCUGUGAAGUCGGAAUUAUCAUCGGAACCGGUACUAACGCAUGCUACAUGGAGGAGUUGCGUCACAUCGAUCUGGUAGAGGGCGACGAAGGAAGAAUGUGUGUGAACACGGAGUGGGGGGCCUUUGGAGACGAUGGCUUGCUGGAGGACAUUCGGACGGAGUUUGAUCGAGAGAUCGAUCGAGGUUCACUCAACCCCGGCAAACAGCUGUUUGAAAAGAUGGUUAGCGGACUGUACAUGGGAGAGCUGGUUCGUCUAAUUCUAGUCAAGAUGGCCAGAGAGGGUCUGCUGUUUGAAGGAAGGAUCACUGCUGAGCUUCUUACUAAAGGGAAGAUUGAGACCAAGCACGUUUCUGCCAUUGAGAAGAGUAAGGAGGGAUUAACAAAGGCCAAAGAGAUUUUAACCAGACUUGGUGUGGAGCCCUCAGAUGAUGACUGCUCUGCCGUUCAACAUGUUUGUACCAUUGUGUCUUUCCGCUCUGCCAAUCUAAUAGCGGCGCUACUUGCGGGCAUCCUCAAGAGACUCAAGGAAAACAAAGGUGUGGCCCGACUGCGCACCACUGUUGGCAUUGACGGAUCUCUCUAUAAGAUGCACCCACAGUAUGCCCGUCGUCUUCAUAAGGCUGUUCGUCGGCUGGUCCCGGACUCGGAUGUGCGAUUCCUCCUGUCCGAAAGCGGUAGUGGCAAAGGAGCUGCCAUGGUGACGGCUGUGGCGUACAGACUCGCCGAUCAGUCACGGCAAAUCGCACAAACACUAUCGGAAUUCCGCCUGACGACCGAUCAGCUGCUAGAGGUAAAGAGGCGAAUGAGGGCUGAGAUGCAAAAUGGCCUUUCAAGGGCAACUCAGGAAUCUGCUACUGUCAAAAUGUUGCCGACGUUUGUGUGCAGCACUCCUGAUGGAACAGAAAAUGGUGAUUUCCUGGCUUUGGAUUUAGGAGGAACUAACUUUAGAGUACUGAUGGUCAAAAUUCGCUCUGGGAAGAAAAGAACAGUGGAGAUGCACAACAAGAUAUACGCCAUUCCUCUAGAAGUGAUGCAAGGAACAGGUGAAGAGCUGUUUGAUCACAUUGUGCAUUGUAUAAGCGACUUCCUGGACUACAUGGGUAUGAAAAACACUCGUCUUCCCCUUGGCUUCACCUUCUCCUUCCCCUGCCUUCAGACAAGCUUGGAUGCUGGCAUCCUGGUGACAUGGACCAAAGGGUUCAAGGCGUCAGACUGUGAAGGCGAAGAUGUGGUGGGGCUUUUGCGAGAGGCCAUCAAAAGGCGAGAGGAGUUUGACCUGGAUGUUGUAGCGGUAGUCAAUGACACAGUAGGCACCAUGAUGACCUGUGCGUACGAAGAGCCCACUUGUGAAGUUGGACUCAUUGCUGGCACUGGAAGUAAUGCGUGCUACAUGGAGGAGAUGAGAAACAUUGAGAUGAUCGACUCCAACGAAGGGCGGAUGUGUGUUAAUAUGGAAUGGGGAGCCUUUGGUGAUAAUGGAUGCUUAGAUGACAUCAGGACCGAGUAUGAUGUCAUGGUGGAUGACUUCUCUCUUAAUCCAGGCAAACAAAGAUACGAGAAAAUGUGCAGUGGUAUGUACCUCGGAGAAAUAGUGCGGAACAUUCUAAUAGAUUUGACCAAGAGGGGCUUCCUCUUCAGAGGGCAAAUUUCAGAGACACUCAAGACUAGAGGCAUCUUUGAAACAAAAUUCCUCUCUCAGAUUGAAAGUGACCGAUUGGCGUUACUUCAAGUGAGGUCGAUCUUACAACAUUUGGGGCUUGAUAGCACUUGUGAUGACAGUAUCAUUGUCAAAGAGGUAUGUGGAACUGUGUCACGCCGAGCUGCUCAGCUCUGUGGGGCAGGGAUGGCGGCAGUAGUUGAUAAGAUCAGAGAAAACCGUGGAUUGGACCAUUUACGCAUCACCGUAGGGGUGGAUGGCACACUUUACAAACUGCAUCCACACUUCUCUCGGAUAAUGCACCAAACUGUCAAGGAACUGGCCCCUCACUGCCAUGUCAACUUCCUGCUGUCGGAGGACGGCAGCGGCAAAGGGGCAGCGCUCAUCACGGCCGUGGGAGUCCGCUUGAGACAAGAGCUCAACAGCUAA